AUGUGGCUCUUGGAGAAAGCUGGCUACCGGUUGGGGGCCGCGGAGCCCAGGGCCUGGUGGGCGCCCUCCGGCCUGUUUCCUAAGCGCCGCACCCCGUGCCCGCUGGCUCGAGCCUGCCCCAACGUCCUCACCCCCGAUCGCAUUCCGCAGUUCUUCAUCCCGCCUCGGCUCCCCGACCCAGGCAGCGCCGAGCCCCUCAGCGGGCGCGACGUGGGCGGCCGCGGCCUCCCCGCAGCCUGUUCGCUGCCUCACCUGGCGGGCCGCGAAGGCUGGGCCUUCCUGCCCGAGAGCCCGCACACGCGCCGGCGCGAGUCCCUGUUCCACUCGCCCCCGCCCGCCCCCGCCGGGGGGCUGCCCCCCGCGCAGUCCAGGCUGCACGUCUCCUCCCCGGACCUGCGCCUCUGCCGGGCCCCCGAGAGCGACACGGCCUCGUCGCCCGACUCGUCGCCCUUUGGCUCGCCGCGGCCAGGCCCCGGCCCCAGGCCGCGCUCGCUGUCCCCGGAGGAGGCGAGCUCGGCCGACACCAGCCCGUACGCGCCGCGCCGAGCGGGGCCGCCCACGCCGCCGCUCUUCCACCUCGACUUCUUGUGCCUCCAGCUGCGGCCGGCCAAGGAGAGCGUGCUGCGCCUCGAGCCCCUGGGCGGGCAGCUGCGGCUCUCCGCCGAGUACCAGGCCUGGCCCGGGCGGCUGCGGCUGCGCCUGGUGAGCGCCGAGGGCCUGCCCGGGUGCGGCGGCGGCGGCUGCUGCGUGGUGCUGAGGCUGCAGCCGCGCGCCCAGGCUCGGGGCCAGCGGAGCCGCGUGGUCAAAUGCAGCGCCAACCCCAUCUUCAAUGAGGACUUUUUCUUCGACGGGUUCGGCCCGCCUGACCUGGCCGCCCACAGUCUGAGGGCCAAGGUGCUGGACAGGGGAGCAGGCUUCCGCAGGGACGUGCUGCUGGGGGAGUGUGAGACGCCCCUGAUUGCCCUGCUGCCCGCCCUGCGUGGUGGGCUAGGUCCCGGAGCCUCCCUGGCGCCUGCCCACCUCAGCCUGUAG